UUAUUUUGUUCCCACACUUUAAGAGUUGUUAUGGCGACCAACACACAAUGCUGUCCUUAGAUGAUGUGCUGCCCCCUCCUGGUGACUUCCAGGUCCUGUUGCUGACAUUAGAUUCUGUGUCUCUGAGCUGGAGUUCUCCUCAGGGGCUGACAGGACCACAGACAUUCAGAGUGACCUGGGGGUGUGACGGUGAAACAAGCUCAACAAGAGUGAAAGGUGGGCAUCAUCUUGAAAUAAGCAGUCUCAAACCUGGUGAAAAGUACCAGUUCAACAUGGCUACAGAGGGAGAAGAUGGAAGACAAAGCAGAUGGGUCUCAGCAUCCCUAUCCACAGUGGUCCCACCCAGAGAUUUAAAGAUAGACCAUUUGGGAGAUACCUCCUUCACUCUCCACUGGUCCAAGGCUGAAGGGAUGGAGAAAGUCCCACAGCACUUCUUCAUAUCCAACUGCAUCCCAGGAACAGACACCCUCACAGCCAUUACUGACGACUGCCACAAAACUUUCUCAAACCUGCAACCUGGUACUGAGUACACUGUUAGUGUUACAACUGUGCUGAGCAAUGGGGAACAGAGUGAAUCUGUCUCUACAACAGUCUGCACUAUACUUCCUGCUCCAGACCAGCUGACUGUUGACUCAGUGGACACCACAUCAGCUGCUGUUAGCUGGAGCCAGCCACCAGGAUUGGACCAAACCCAACAUCAUUACCAGAUCUCCUACCGCUGUCCAGGGACAGAACUACACAUCACUACCACUUCUUCACACAGCAUCACUCUCUCUGACCUGAAACCUGCUACUGAAUACUCUGUCACUGUCUGCACUGUGCUGGAAAAUGGAAAGCAAAGUCAACUGGUGUUAACAACCUUCACCACAGUACCCACUGCUCCGGACCAGCUGACUGUUGACACCACAUCAGCUGCUGUUAGCUGGAACCAGCCACCAGGAUUGGACCAAACCCAACAUCAUUACCAGAUCUCCUACCACUGUCCAGGGACAGAACCCCACUACACUACCACAUCUUCACACAGCAUCACUCUCUCUGACCUGAAACCUGCUACUCAGUACUCUAUCACUGUCUGCACUGUGCUGGAAAAUGGAAAGAAAAGUCGACUGGUGUCAACAACCCUCACAACAAUACUUCCUGUUCCAGACCAGCUGAAUGUUGACUCAGUGGACACCACAUCAGCUGGUGUUAGCUGGAGCCAGCCACCAGGAUUGGACCAAACCCAACAUCAUUACCAGAUCUCCUACCACUGUCCAGGGACAGAACCACACAUCAUUACCACAUCUUCACACAGCAUCACUCUCUCUGACCUGCAAUGUGGUACUCAGUACUCUGUCACUGUCUGCACUGUGCUGGAAAAUGGAAGGCAAAGUCGACUGGUGUCAACAACCCUCACCACAAUACUUCCUGCUCCAGACCAGCUGACUGUUGACUCAGUGGACACCACAUCAGCUGCUGUUAGCUGGAGCCAGCCACCAGGAUUGGACCAAACCCAACAUCAUUACCAGAUCUCCUACCACUGUCCAGGGACAGAACCACACAUCACUACCACGUCUUCAGCCAGCAUCACUCUCUGUGGCCUGAAACCUGGUACUGAAUACUCUGUCAAUGUUUGCACUGUGCUGGAAAAUGGAAAGACAAGUCGACUGGUGUCAACAACCCUCACCACAGUACAUUUUCAGUGGUGGAGGAGACCAUCCAGAGUUGCUGCAGUGUGUGUUCUACUGGCUGUCAUCAUAGGCCUGUGGGAUUCCUAUGCAACUGCAGAGCGAGACCAGCUACAGAAUAGUCUAAAUACCAGGACUACAGAGAGAGACCAGCUACAGAAUAGUCUAAAUACCAGGACCACAGAGAGAGACCAGCUACAGAAUAGUCUAAAUACCAGGACUACAGAGAGAGACCAGCUACAGAAUAGUCUAAAUACCAGGACUACAGAGAGAGACCAGCUACAGAAUAGUCUAAAUACCAGGGCCACUGAAGUAGACAAGUUGAAAAAGAGUCUGAACACUACAACUAUGGAGCGUGACCAGCUACAGAAGGAGAUAGAACGACUGAACUGGGAGAACAAAAGGUCCUGUCCUGAAGGAUGGAGAAGGUUUGGCUCCAGCUGUUACUACCUCUCUACUGAGGGGAAAUCCUGGGAGAAGAGUAGACAGGACUGUCUGGAGAGAGGAGCAGACCUGGUGAUCAUUAACAGUGAAGAGGAACAGACAUUUAUCAAUGGGUUUGAGUCAGUCAAGUGGGUCUGGAUUGGUCUGACUGAUUCUGUUACUGAGGGAACCUGGAAAUGGGUGGACGGCACCCCACUGACCACCCCAAGGUUUUGGUGGAGUGGAGAGCCUGGUGGUGGUGUCGGGGAGAACUGUGUGGAAAUCUAUUACAUAUCAUCAGGCCAAGGAGUAUGGAGGGAUUAUGAUUGUUCCUUUUCACAACAAUGGAUCUGUGAGAAAUAGUCUUCUCAUAGUUACUUUCUCUGCACUGCUGAUUAAUGAACUCUCUACUGUAUGUUAAUGAUGGUCUGAAAGACUGAUGGGAUUUGAUAGAAUUGUACUCAACUACAGGUAGGAGACAAACAUAUUCACACACACGAAGACAGUGAUCUGAACCAGAGCCUCCCGCAGGAGAAACCAACAUCUUAAUUAGACAAAGAGGAAAUUCCCUUAUGGGCCUAGAGCUGACACUGAUUUUGAAGUUGCAGGCGGGGCUACCUCAUCACAUGACUAUGAGCAACCAAUUAUGACGGACUCAUGUCCGCUACACAAGCUUUCACACAAUUUAUUCAUUUGUCAAACAAUGAUGUGUAGAAUAGGGGUGUAAUAUCAUUCAAUAGCCGCUGUCAAUCAAUUACUGUUGUUUUACACUUCAAAUACAUUUAAAUUGACUAUAUGUUUAUCAGAUAUACAGCAUGUUUACUUCUUGUGCUUUUAUCGUUCUGAACAUAAACAAUGUGUACUUCCUGCUAAUUCAAUAAAUCAUUCAACCGAU